CACAGUGGACGCGUUGGUACAAACAAAUACAAAACAGAAAACACACAAUCGAGCAACUGACACAAGUAGUCUACUAAUGCAAUAUUGCUGAAGUGUCCGACUGUCCGGCGGUUUCGGUUCAGUUUUAAUUUGGUUGUUUGUUCAGUUUGUUGGGUUUUCUCAUUUUAGACGUGUACACAAUUCAAUACUUGUUGCAACGUUUUGUUUCAAGUAUAUUCGCCGGGUUAUACUGUACAUAGCAGUAGGCAGCUGUUUGAAAAUGUGGGAGCUGGUGAGAAUUGCAGUGCUGUCUAUAUCAGGCACUCUUGUUUUCAUCCAUGUGGUGAAGAAUUUCUUUGGUGGUGGUUAUUGUGCACACAGCAAGGAAAAAUUGGAUGGUAAAGUGAUUAUUGUGACAGGUGCAAAUUCAGGGAUCGGAAAGGAGACUGCUAGAUACUUAGCUGCAAGAGGUGCAGAGGUGAUAUUGGCCUGUCGAGACCGUGUGGAAGGCAGACAAGCUGUGCGUGAAAUCAAAAGGAAGACACUUAAUCGGUCUGUUCGAUUUGAGAAAUUGGACCUAUCAAGCUUUGAAAGCAUCUUUGACUUUGUAAACAGAUUCAGGCUCAGAGGAAGCGAGUUGCAUGGUUUAUGUAACAAUGCUGGUGUGUUCCAUGUACCUUACCAACUGACAGAAGAUGGGUUUGACUUAACACUGCAGACCAAUUACUUAGGUCCAUUUCUGUUGACUUUCCUACUUUUAGACAUACUCAAGGAAAGUGCACCAUCACGUAUUGUCAAUGUUAACUCAGAAGCUCACACCUUCCCCAAGAGCCUAGAUGUUGGUACACUCACCAAGCACUACACCGAAGAAGAUCAGUACGAUAAAUUCCUAGCUUAUGGGACUUCAAAGCUGUGUUUACUGUUGUUUUCAUCAAAAUUAGCAAAACUAUUGGCAGGUACCGGAGUGAUCGUGAACAGUGCUAAUCCAGGAAACGUCCGGACCAACAUUUUUCGUCAUUUCCCUGUCAUCCGAGACCUGCCAGCCUGGAGUUUCUCUCGUUUCUUGGUGUGGUUGACCUUCAAGAAUCCGGCCCAGGGCGCUCAAACUUCUGUAUACCUGCUGACCAGUCCGCAAGUGUUUGUUACAGGCCGAUAUUUCAGCAAGUGUUCCGAGGAUAAACCUUCUGGUCUUGCCAAGUCGUUAGAACUAGAGGAGGAAUUGUGGGAGGCCACAUUGGAGUGGUUGCGACCCUUCUUAGAGAAACAUGGCAUUAUGUAGUGAGAAUUGGAGUUUUGGA